CACCAACGUGAUUGUGGUUUAGAUGAAACGAGUUCACGCGGAACUCAAACCAUCCGGUCCCUUUUUCUGUACGGAACGAAAACAUUGCAUCAAAUUUCAAUAUGAGAGGCGCGAAGAGAAUAGCAGGUUGAUUAGCUGUCAUUAUAUGCUGGAGAACAGCAUCAGAUACACCAGUUUAUCAAUGAGUCCACCAAAGAUGAAACGCCGCCGAAUGGCCGAGCUGGAGCCGUGGAUCGAGAGACUCGUCCAAAACUACGGCCAAAGCCAAAGUGAAACAACUGUAAAAGCACAAGUCGUCGGCUGUGCUGUGUUUUAGGUGUGUGAUCUAUCAGACUCGCAGCGGAUGGAGCACACCGAUGUCUGUUUGAUGUUUCUGUCCGAUGGGAGUGCGUUGAUUCCCGCGGCGCUGAGCGGAGCCGCAUGGGAGCGUCUGCAGGAUUUGGAGGACAGGGAGUCCUUCUCAGGCCUGGUCAAUGCUGUUGUGUAUGUACGCAACUUCAGCCUGGAUUUCCACAUGAACUCUGACCUGGCCUCUUGCCAGUUUUGCUUGAAAGUCAAUCAAAUGAGCACCAUAUGUAUCGCCUCCAAAUGGGACCAUCCGCCCAGCUGCACAACACUUCCAUCAGUCAGAGAACAAAUAGUAAAGACGUGGAGUUCCCUCAGGGAGAGUUCAGUCAACUCUGUGAGUUCAGCGUCUGGGGUCUCUCUCUCCUCUCUAUUGGGGGCUUGGCACAAUGACAUUAUAAUAAAUAUUCUGAAUGAUGCAAUGGAGAAAAUGUCUGCAACAUAUUGUCCAAGUGUGGCAACACCUACACACUGGCACCGAGAGAGGCUUCACUGGAGGGGACAGGAGCAGUUCAUUGUCCCCAUGCCUUUCCUUCUCAUCCCAGAGGAGCAGAGGAAGCUGAUGACAGCUGAUCCCAGUACUGUCUGCUGUCUAAUUAAUUGCUUUUUUCAAGACAAUCCUUUGAGAAUUCAGCCAGAUUUUUCCAUGCAUGUGGCGCACUGUGUAAAUGUGUUGUUGUCUCAUAUGUGGAUGUGCGCAGGUGCAGAUUGUGAGAGUGAAACUCCAAAUGGCUUGGCUCCGCCCCAUGAAUAUUCAUAUCCCAUCAGCACAUCAAGAACAAACCAAACACUGGCUGCUCAGGACGGAAAUAGUGGCUCAUGUCCAGAUGAAGGACAGCCCACGCUGGAACACACAAGACUAGAGAUUUUGUGUGGAACAGGAGAGUUGUCUGGGGAUGGAGAAAGCCCGUGGGAUAUGUUCACUCCAGCGCCAGAUCUAUUAGGGACACAUUCCACCUCUGACUCAAGUGGCCAAGAGCCCUGUUCUCAGACGGAAAGCCAAUCACUUUUAAAAGAAGUUCACCUGUUGUCUAUAGCAACAAGCACCCAAGCCCAAGUGGUGUCGGCUGAUGGCAUUACACUAGGUCAGAGACCUCAGCCAUCCCAGAUCAGUCCGUCCCACUCGAGUGGCAAGUUUAGAGGAGACACUAGUCAAGAGGAAGAUAAAGAGCUGAAUAAAUUGAGUCCUCCCUCAUGGAUUGUCCAGAAUACAGCCCAACCCACUAUACCGAGCUCCUCAGUGUCUCCAGCCACCAAGACAAAUUCGUCAGCAUCUCCACCCACCAAACCCAGCAAAGUGCAUUCAGAUGGAAAGUCUUUUUCCUAUUUGUAUCAUCCUGACCCUCAGGUUGCCGCAGCCCUCAGCAAAUUCCAAAUCCCAGGGCAGUUUAUACAGUGGGCGGUGCAUUAUCUGGGGACCUCUGACUGUGCGGAUGUCAACGCUGGAGCUGGUCCUUGAGGCAUUACCUGUUACCUCAAAUGACAUGAUGUUAGAUUUUCUUUUUUAUUAUUAUUUUGUAGUACAAAUCUUUUUUGUGUGUGUGUGUGUGUUUAAAACUUUGUAUAUUAUCCAAAAACAAUUGUAAAGUUGUUAUAUAAAAUUAAUUUUUACUGGAUGCUGUUGUUUAACUGUAAGUAAAUUCAGUGGUGGGUCAGUUGUAAUAAAUGUUAAUAUUUAAAUGCAAUGACCUGUUUUAUAAUUUGUAAUAUUUAAUCACAAUAUGACUUAUGUAAGCAUGUUUAUCUCUUUUAAGCCAUGAUCUUGAUGGUUUGUACCAAGCAGAAACCUGUGUUAGGACAAUUUGCUUAUCUAUUGUUAGACAUCACAUAAUUGGGAAAGUGUCAUAAUCAGAGUUCAGAAUUAUUUAUAAAAAAGGCAUUUCAUACAUACAGUGACUUGAAUACACAUCUUCUGUGAUGGACAUGUUUUACAUUUCUGAAUUAAAAUCCUUUUUAUCAUUCUGGUUAAAUGUCAAGAUGGUGUAGUCGCCCUGAGCUCGUAACGAAGUGAACAGCUCAUUAAAGGCUGACAUUACAUGUCACUUCAUGAAUGAAGCUGGGCACAUGGGCACAAUUAUGGUUAAAUCUGAUUCUAGGCAAUGCAGGAUGCAAAGAUUAAAUUCACCCUCGCUUCCAGCUGGCAUAUUUUUUUUCCCACUGUAAGCUCAAAAAUGUUCAUAAUCCGUUCAUCAUGUGUUUAUAUAAGAAAUAUUAUGAAAUACAAAUUUUCAGUGAACAUGAACAGCCUGCGAUGCAUCAGUCAAUCUGUGUAACUGAAUAAUAGUAACUAAAAAUUCUGAAUAUCACUUGACCUUUGUUGUUUUAAUGAAAUUUUCAUGCCUUGAAUUCUUAUUUUUUACCCCAAGUAUCAACUAUUUGAAACAGAUUUCAGUGCAGAAAAAGUUUGCAGAUUUUAAGU